ACGCAAUCGUUGACAUUUCUUGGAAAGGUCGUUCGUGGACGGUUGUCCGCAGAAGAGGUUAUACCGAUUUAAAACUCUUGUUAGGAUGGCGCAGACAUUAAUCGAGUCCGACUCUUCUAGCGUAGCGAAACGUCUGUGCGCGAUCGUUGAGAAAACCGCAAACGAGGCGAUCGCGUUAGAUGACAUCUUUAAAAUUGGUUUAUCAGGAAGCUCCAUGGUGCAUCUCUUGGCGGAAGGUCUGCCGAGCAUAACGACCGAUUGGAGUAAAUGGCGAUUCUUCUUCUGCGACGAGAGAGUCGUUCCGUUAGAUCACGGCGACUCGACUUACGGAGAGUACAAGAAACACUUGCUACCGAAAAUCCCAGUCACCGAGGAUCAGUUUAUAAGAAUCGAUCCCGAUCUCUCAGCCGAGGAAGCAGCAAAGGACUACAUCAAGAAGAUGUCAGUUUACUUCCCACCGGACAGUUUACCGAGGUUCGACUUGCUCUUGUUGGGCAUGGGCCCUGACGGACACACUUGUUCCUUGUUCCCGAACCAUCGGUUACUGGACGAGACGAGUCUCUGGGUUGCGCCGAUCAAUGAUUCGCCUAAGCCACCGCCGUCUAGAAUCACCCUCACUUUCCCAGUGAUUAAUAAUGCUAAAGUCUGUGCUUUCCCGAUCACGGGAUCUGGAAAGGCCAACAUGAUCAAGCGCAUCCUGAAGGACAAGGAGAACCUGCCAGCGGGUCGAGUGCAGCCAACCAACGGACAGUUAUACUGGAUCCUUGAUGAAGACGCAGCGAAGCAGUUGGAUUCUUAAAGUCGACUCGAACCAGAGGAAACCCGAUAAGAAAUGGAAUCCAGGAGAAAUUACGCCACGUCGAAGAAGCCGCCUUUAAUUAAUUGAAACCAUAGAAAGCGAUGUCGCAAUUGUUCAUUUAUUUGUACCUUGUUGUAAUCACUCGACUGUAAUUAUCUAUAAGUUAUGUAAGGAUUCCUACGAUUGAAGAUUUAAUUCCCAGCUGAGA